AUGGCAGCUUCAAAGCGACCCAACUUCCUUGUCAUUGUGGCUGAUGAUCUUGGCUUCUCUGACAUCGCCUCCUUUGGCAGCGAGAUCAACACGCCCAACCUCGACAAACUAGCCAAAAAUGGCCUCCGGUUCACCGACUUCCACGCGGCGGCGGCUUGUUCGCCAUCUAGAGCCAUGAUCAUGACGGGGACGGAUCAUCACAUCGCCGGCCUGGGAAACCUCAUCGAAUGGACCAACGUCGCGGGCCAGAACGACCCGACGGGCAAGAUGUCGACCAAUGUCCAGCGAGGCAUGCCUGGGUACGAGGGCUACCUCAACGAGCGCGUCGUGGCACUCCCCGAGAUCCUCCGCGACGCCGGAUACCAGACCCUCAUGUCGGGCAAGUGGCAUCUCGGGCUGACGCCAGAGCGAAGCCCCAAGGCGCGAGGCUUCCAACGCAGCUUCGCCCACCUCCCGGCGUGCAGUAACCACUACGCCUACGAGCCGCAGCUGGAGACGGGAGAGAAGUCACCGGAGUUCCUGACCAUGAGCGUCAUUGCGCUGCACAGCGAGGACGGCGAGUACGUCAAGAAGCUGCCGGACGGGUGGUACUCGUCGGACGGCUAUGGAGAUAAGAUGCUGCAGUACCUCAAGGAUUGGAAGGAGGAUGGCGAUGAGAGGCCGUUCUUCGCAUACCUCCCCUUCACAGCGCCUCACUGGCCGCUCCAGGCGCCUCAGGAAUACAUCAAGAAGUACAAGGGCGUUUACGAUGACGGCCCUGAUACUCUCCGAUUGAAGCGUCUCCAGCGCCUGAAAGACCUGGGCCUCAUCUCCAAGGACGUCGAGCCCCACCCCGUCGUGGCGGACGAAGUCAAGGAAUGGAACGACAUGAGCCAAGAGGAGCGGGCGAACUCGUGCCGUGCGAUGGAGGUCUUCGCCGCCAUGGUCGAGUGCAUCGACACAAAUGUAGGCAAAGUGGUCGACUACCUAGAGAAGCAGGGCGAGCUGGAUAACACCUUCGUGUGCUUCCUCUCCGACAACGGCGCCGAGGGAGCUGCCUACGAAGCCUACCCCAUCGUCCAGGGCUCCAUGAUGCAGCAUCUCAGGAAGUACUACAACAACAGCCUCGACAACCUUGGAAACGGGGACUCUUUCAUCUGGUACGGCCCGCGGUGGGCGCAGGCCGCGACGGCGCCGAGCAGACUGUACAAGGCGUACACGACGGAAGGCGGCGUUCGGGUUCCCUUUUUGAUGAAGCCGCCAUCUUCAUUUGACCAGACCAUCGACCGCAACGGCAUCACGCACCAAUUCUCUACGGUUAUGGACCUGACCCCUACCAUCCUGGACAUGGCCGGAGUCAAACACCCAGCCCCGACCUACCAAGGCCGUGAAGUCGUCGAGAUGCGUGGCAAGUCCAUGGUGCCGUACCUCCAAGGCGCGCAGCCGCGGAUCCACGCGGAGGACUUCGUCAACGGCUGGGAGACAUGCGGGCGCGCGGCCUGCCGCAAGGGCGACUGGAAGAUUGUCUUCAUCCCCAAGCCCAAGGGCCCCGAGCGCUGGCAGCUGUACAACCUGGCCAAGGACCCCGGCGAGGUCCACGACCUCGCCGAGCAGGAGCCCGCGCGGCUGAGGGAGCUCGUCAGGCUGUGGGACCAGUACGUGCUGGAGACGGGCGUCGUGGCGCUGAGCCCCGAGCUGGGGCUUUGGAUGGCCGCCAUGGAGGAGCAGAUGCCCGAGAAUGCGUGGAUUGAGUACGAGUACUGGGAAGACGGCGCGAGGGAGGACCCGGCCAAGUUCACCAGGACAGUUCCGCGAUUCCAGAGGCGGGUGACGACCAUGUAG